CGGGGCUCCUGGAAAGGCGUGAGCCGCGCGCGCCGGAAGAGACGGACCUGCUAGGGUGACAUUGAGUCUAGGACGACGGUGGCCGGGAAGGAUGCUCAGCAAGUACAUAGGCCCGCGCUACCUACAGAUCUUGCGCGUCUGGAUGCCUACGAUGGCCACGUGGGGCUCGGUGGGUGCUGUUGGGCUAGUUUGGGCCACAGAUUGGAGGCUGAUUCUAGACUACGUUCCCUAUAUAAACGGCAAGUUUAAAAAGGACGAUUGAGCAGCAGCUGCCCAGUCAAGAGGCGUUGCUGUUUAGUCUAUGAAACUUCAAAUCUGCUGGACACUGACUUCCAAGAAAGGACACAAUACCGGUUUUCCCCUUGUCAAUGGACAGAUGCAAUGAGAUGUUCUGUGAACAAAUAAAAGCUCUUUUAGCUCA